UCUCUCCCCCAACUUCCAGCCAUUUCUCCAACUCCAUUGUSAGACCACAAUGAAGAGGGAAUAAACAUCAACUCARUUCCUGGGAAGAAGAACCUAAUUUCCACGGCUUUAGCAUAUUUUGUCUUCUUCUAGCGGGUUCUCAACCGGUACUCGAAAUUCUAYGAUGAGUUUAGCGAGUGCUAUGGCGUUGGGGGAUGUCGCGUCUCAGAUGUGCUGGUGGAGUCUGGGGCCGAAGCCGUCUCCUGCGGCGGUGUUGAAGGGGAAUGAAGGUACGGAGAGGACGCUGAAGCUGGAAUCUAGAGGAGGAUUUUUAAAUUUGCCGACUUCCCCAUUGAUGACUUGCUCCAUCGAGGCUGAGGAGCCGUCGAAUCGGACCGAGUUACAGCCGGUUAACGAUCAGUUGGACGGCAAUCUCGUCCGGAGGUUGAAUAAGGAUAUCGGCUCCUUUGCAAUGGUUGCAGGACCAUUAUCAGUGUCAAAUACUUCUGCUUAUCCAGAUGAUGGUCGGAAGGUUCGAAUAUCGUUCAAGGGGUUGCCAGGAUCAUACAGUGAGGAUGCAGCACUUAAAGCGGACCCUAAUUGCAAAAGUGUUCCUUGCGAUGAGUUUGAAGAUGCAUUUAAGGCUGUUGAAUUAUGGAUAGCUGAUAAGGCUGUUCUUCCGAUUGAGAAUUCAUCAGGUGGGAGCAUUCAUCGCAACUACGAUUUGCUCCUUCGACAUAGGCUACAUAUUGUUGGUGAAGUGCAGUUAGCCACCAAUCUGUGCCUUCUAGCUCUGCCGGAUGUGAGAGCAGAACAGCUGAAACGUGUUCUUAGCCAUCCGCAGGCACUUGCCUUGAGUGAUACUGCCUUGAAUAGGUUGGAUGUUGUCAGAGAAAGUGUUGAUGAUACAGCUGGUGCUGCUCAGUAUGUAGCAUUGAACAACCUCAGGGACACAGGAGUUGUUGCUGGUGCUCGAGCUGCAGAAAUAUAUGGUCUAAACAUUCUGGCAGAAGGGAUCCAGGAUGAUUCAGACAACAUGACUCGUUACCUGGUACUUGCGAGGGAACCGAUCAUUCCGAGAAAUGAUAGGCCCUAUAAAACAAGCAUCGUAUUUACCUUGGAUGAAGGGCCUGGUGUCUUGUUCAAAGCCUUGGCGUUGUUUGCAUUAAGAGAGAUAAACUUGACAAAGAUUGAAAGUCGACCGCAAAGAAAUCACCCCUUACGAGUAGUCGAUGACUCGAACACGGGUACUGCCAAGUACUUUGACUACAUGUUUUACAUUGAUUUUGAAGCUUCUAUGGCUGAAGCACGUGCGCAGAGUGCCUUGGGCCAUUUGCAGGAAUAUGCAACGUUUAUUCGGGUACUUGGCUGCUAUCCCAUGGGUGUAUCUCGUUAGCAUUAAGAACAACCUUGUUCUUCAAAUUCAGACCAUCCCUUGACAGAGUAGUUUGUUCCAAAAUUGGCAUAUUUUUCAAUGAAGGUCAAAAGGGUCAUUUCUUACCAACUAGCAGGUGAUAUGACCUAGAUAAUAAUAAACAAUAUUUUUGUAAAGUUUAAACCAGGUGGGUGGAAAUUGAACCUCAUCUUAAGCAGCCAGGUUUAAAAUGUCUCRGAGCUAUUUUUAAAUUGACAAUAAUAGUAACAUUAAUAGUAA